GGCGGGCUCGUGGAUGUAGGUGCGGCGAGUACAGCGAGUAGCUAUUCGUGGACGCGGACGGAACUUACCGUGAAUUAACCACCCAAAACAUCUGCUCGAGAGUGGCGGAGACGACUCACAGGGGAGCUAAACACGUUUGUCACAGCUAAGUAUUCGUUUGAGAAAUCCCGAGGCGGUAUUGUCGAUUAAAACGGCAAUAAUUCAGCUUUACAUAACCAGCUUUCCUGGCACUCACCGCGAGAGCAACCGGCCCUGCCACGGUGUUCAUCUGUGUCUCUUUUAAGACCGGUGUUUUAUUGUUUACGAAAUACCAGCUGUAUAAGCGAUAAAAAGUGAAUAUUUCAGUCAUUUUCCUCCCUGCGCAGUUGAAUAUAUCAGCAUUUUCCAGUAUCGUGAAUAACAAGUUAUACAACAACAACGGCUGCUCGAGCUGCGCGCCGGGUCCUAAAACCCGUCUAGUAUCCGGUCACACUGACGGGAUGGUUCGGCGCUUAACGGUCUCCCAGUACUUCGACAUUAUGGAAAGGGUCAUUUUAGAGCAAGGUUAAUUGAAAUCGUAUUUGAGAACGUUUGCUCGUCACAUUUUCAUUUGAUCACUUGGAUAUCUAGUUGCCUUUCUUCUCGACUUUUUGGAAUUCUACUUCAAGCAUCAUCCUUCGAGUGGGACCAAGCCCAAAGGACAUUUUUAAAAAAGGACUUUUCAAAGGAGCCAUCCAGUCAAGUAAUGGUCGUUAACACGAUCCACUGGUUCAGGAAGGGCUUGCGGCUCCACGACAACCCGUCGCUUAAGGAAUCUCUGCUGGGAGCUGAUACGGUCCGGUGUGUUUACAUCCUCGACCCCUGGUUCGCAGGAUCUUCCAACGUUGGAAUCAACAGGUGGAGGUUCUUACUGCAGAGUCUUGAGGAUUUGGACUCGAGUUUACGUAAGCUCAACUCUCGCCUUUUUGUCAUAAGAGGUCAACCAACCGAUGUUUUCCCAAGACUUUUCAAGGAGUGGACGAUUACCCGUUUGUCCUAUGAGUACGACUCUGAGCCCUUUGGAAAAGAGCGUGAUGCUGCCAUUAAGAAGCUGGCUUCUGAAGCAGGAGUGGAGGUGACAGUUCGCAUCUCCCAUACCCUCUAUGACCUGGACAGGAUCAUAGAGUUAAAUGGGGGGCAGUCUCCACUCACCUAUAAGCGGUUCCAGACCCUCAUCAGUCGUAUGGAAGCAGUGGAAGGUCCUACCGAGUUCAUCACUGCUGAGGUGAUGGGGAAAUGUUGUACGCCAUUGUCCGAAGACCAUGACGAGAAGUUUGGAGUCCCGUCACUGGAGGAACUGGGUUUUGAUACUGAAGGCUUGUGUUCGGCUGUUUGGCCCGGUGGGGAAACCGAAGCACUUACCAGGCUGGAAAGACACCUAGAAAGAAAGGCAUGGGUGGCCAACUUUGAGCGCCCCAGAAUGAAUGCAAAUUCACUCCUUGCCAGUCCCACUGGGCUCAGCCCCUACCUACGCUUCGGCUGCCUCUCCUGUCGGCUCUUCUACUUCAAGCUCACCGACCUCUACAGGAAGGUGAAGAAGAACAGCUCUCCUCCACUGUCCCUCUAUGGUCAGCUGCUGUGGCGCGAGUUCUUCUACACAGCAGCCACCAACAACCCCUGCUUUGACAAGAUGGACAGCAACCCUAUUUGCGUUCAGAUCCCCUGGGACCGCAACCCUGAAGCCCUGGCCAAAUGGGCUGAAGGUAGGACUGGCUUUCCAUGGAUAGAUGCUAUCAUGACCCAGCUGCGACAAGAAGGAUGGAUCCAUCAUCUGGCCCGGCAUGCUGUGGCCUGUUUCCUGACUCGAGGAGACCUGUGGAUCAGCUGGGAAGAGGGCAUGAAAGUGUUUGAGGAGCUGUUGCUGGAUGCAGACUGGAGUGUCAAUGCAGGCAGCUGGAUGUGGCUCUCCUGCAGUUCCUUCUUCCAGCAGUUCUUCCACUGCUAUUGCCCUGUUGGUUUCGGUCGACGCACGGAUCCAAACGGGGAUUACAUUCGGCGCUACUUGCCCAUUCUGAGGGGAUUUCCAGCCAAAUACAUAUAUGAUCCCUGGAAUGCCCCUGAGAGUGUGCAGAAGGGAGCCAAGUGUAUGAUUGGCGUGCACUAUCCCAAACCCAUGGUUUACCAUGCGGAGGCCAGUCGUCUUAACAUUGAACGAAUGAAGCAGAUCUAUCAGCAGCUCUCAUGUUACCGAGGCCUCGGCCUCCUGGCCACAGUUCCUUCCAAUUCUAAUGGAAAUGACAAUGGAAAUGGAACCAGCACUGCAUCUUCCAGUGCAGUGGGUUUCUCUUCAGAACCAGCACAUGAUCCUGCGACCUCAUCUGGCUACCAGUUAUCUGGUCAAGCUCAGGGGGACUGGCAGAGUGGCGUCAUGAUGUACCUGCAGGGUGACUCACCAAGUGGCCCUGGCACUCUUCAGCAGGGAUACGCAAACACCAGCGCCAAUGUGAUGUGUUACACUCAAGGAAACCAACGGGUUCCUUCUGCUGCCCCUCAGAAAGCACCAGAACACCACUCCAGCACUCAAAAAAGACACUGUGAGGACUCAGGAAAUGGAAAAAGCUCAAAAGUUCAGCGACACAGCAGCCACUAACUAGGCGUCUCUGAAGAAAUUUGCUGAGACAAAAUGAAGCUCAAUUUAUCAGUUUGUUCAAGCAUUGUAUGAACAUUGAUUAGAGGGGAAAAUGAUUUUUGGGGCCACACCCACACCACACUCAAGUAAUAGGACUGUACAUUAUCAUUUGGAUUCCACAUCCAACCUGGAACAGUCAUCCUGGCCGUAUGCGGCUUUUACACUCUCUUUGUAUGGUCAGGACAAUGGUCUCUUGUGUAUACAAUUUGAAUUUGCUAAUUUUAACUCGCAUACAAAUUGUACAUAUUUGAAUAUUGUAUGUGUGUUUUCUGUGUAGCCGUUGGCCCAUUGAUAUAUUUUUAUAUGAUAAAUCAUUGUGGAUGCUUUUGUUCUUUCUGAAAUGUUUUGAAUAAAAAUAAAGCAUUUAUAGACUGUCCAUUCCAAGAUAAAAGCAAAACGUGGAGAAGAUCUGUAUUUAUAAUAAGACAGCUUAAACGCACAUAAUUCAUCUAAUCGCAUUUAACUCCUCUUCAGACCGUCCAAUGUGUUUGUCACUCUUGUUCUGAUCGUCAAGUCUUUCUCACAGCACUGGAUCUGUAGACACAAUAUCGAUGUGGUAUUAGAUGAGACCAUGACCCAUGUCCUCUCCCUUUGUACAGUGAAUGUACCAUUAGAAACAGAUGCUUCACUUACUUCUUGGUCCUUUCAAUGUGCUUGUUUCAAACUGGAUCAAAUAAAACUUUCAGUCGUU